CCCAUGGCAGGGGUGGAGCUUUAAGGUCUCUCCCAAACCAUUCCAUGGCUGGACUCGGCUUCACUCCUCAAGGACACUCUGGAGACACCAACCCACGGGCACCGAUUACCGAACCAGGACACUCUCCGGACCGUGGAGCACCUGAGUCGUUUGUCACACGUGGCCACGAUGACACCCUUGGUCCGGCUGCCGCGCUCCUCCGUGGUUGGAAAAGGAAUUUCACGCUCCCAAGUUUCCAUGUGAGUUUGGACGUUUGUGAUUGACGGGUCCUCCUUAUGACAAACCACAAGAAAGCAAAAUAAGCUCCUUCGCCCCACCCCGCUGUGGUUAAAACUGCAGAAGCAGUCUUGUUCCUCUCACGGCAAUAGUUUCUGAAUGCUUCAUGUCCCAAGAUCUUCUCCACGCUCUGGAUGUCCAUGGACUCUUUCCAGCUCCAGCUUCUCGCCCUCCUCAUGCUCCUCCACACAGCCACGUGCGCCGAUGGCACCAGAGAGGUGAUCGGGGCCGUGGGCGCGUCUGUCACCUUCCACAUCCCACCCCCAGCUGGAAAUGCGGUGUUCUGGAACUUUGGGAACGAUCCCAUAGCAACCGUGCUACCCAAGGAUCCCCCUGAGGUCGUGUUUUCAGAAGAAAAAUACAAAAAGCGCUUCACUUUCCUCGAGAACGGCCGCGCACUCAGCAUCUCCCAGCUGAGCUUGGAGGACGCCGGGAUCUACUCGGUAAAGAUCGAUGGGAAAAUAUCCACGUUCACCCUACGCGUGUACGGGAAGCUGGCAGAGCCCACGGUGACCUGCGAGGACCGGAACUGCUCGGCCGGGAGCUGCCGCUUCUCCCUGCGCUGCUCCGUGCCCGGCACCGGCCUCGGGAGCAUCUCCUACCUCUGGAGCAAGGGGGAACAGCCGUGGGAUGAGGGGCCCACGGUGCUGGUGGUGAAUGAAUCAUCCUGGAACGAGCCGGAGUCACUGACGUGCACGGCACGGAACCCCGUCAGCAGCCGGAACGUCACCGUGGUGGCACCUGGUGACCUCUGCAUAGAAAACGCCACGCACCCUCCCGGCCCCGAUGCCCACUCUGGCGCCCGGACCGGGAUUGGGGUCGGAGCCAGCCUUGGAAUCGUGUUUUUAUCAGUUGUCCUCUUUGUGCUCCUCUGUAAAUUCAACGGCUGGAGGAAAUCCCAUCUCUCCAAGGAGAAGAGGAUGAACACAGUGAACACAGUCGAUGACAUGACCAUGUACGCCGAGGUGGGCCCUUCCCAGCAGCGUAUCCCGAAUGGAACUAAAGCCAAACCAACGGAGGCCCUGGAAUCCUCCUCAACCAUUUAUUCCCUGGUCAAGCGUCCGGGUCAGGCGGGCGAUGGGAAGGAGGAAAAUGCCACAGCGAGCCUCCUGGAGCUGGUCUAGAAGGACCUGGAGCUGGUCUAGAAGGACCUGGAGCUGGUUUUAAGGGUCUGGAGCUGGUUUAAAGGGUCUCCACUCCUCGGUCACACAGAUGGACCCCACAACGUGACUCUGGAAAGGCUCCGGCAUCCACGAUCCCACUUCGGACGUGGAUCUCAUGGAUCUCAUCCUCCCAGGGAUCUCCCUUUCCCUCCUCAUCGCUGCUGCCUCGGAUCUCCCCUGGGCAGCCUCAGUUCGCGAUUUCAGGGAGCAUUCGGAGCCCUUUGGGAUCUUUCCCCUCGAUUUUGGCAGCUCCACGGGGUUCGGGCUCCUUUUUCCCACCCUCUCCCACCGGGAUCCCAGACCACAGCUCUGCACACGCCGCAAGGAUUCGGGGCCGAGCCUCGGGAUGGCCGGACGGGCUGGAGGAGCCUCUUAAAAGGGUUUUUUCAUGGAACCCCAGAAUUCCUGAAGUUGUAAAAUCUCUCCAGGACCAUCAGUUCCAGCCUGGGACCAGUCCUGGCCACUCAGAGCAAGGUCUAGCAGUUCCUUGGACACCUCCAGAGAUGGCGCCUCCAAACCGGCCCCUUUUAAUGUGGAAAACCCAUUUUUUCAAGGAAUCCUUGCAGGAUUUUUUUUUAGAAAUGAUUUUUUUCCCCUGUUCUGCUUCGUUUUGAAGCUUCUUGCUUAUCUUACGGAAAACGAAAAUAAUACCCGGCAGCUGAAGCAAGAACCACAAGAACCUUCCCCCAUCUCACCACAGAGUUUUGGUUUCAGCACCUGCUCCCUUCCCCCACCUUCCAAAAUUUGCUGCACCUGCCCCCAGAAAAACUCAGCCCCACCAAUCCCUGCAGGGCUGGGAUUUGGGAUCUGGGAUUGGGGAUUCGGGAUGGCUUUGAGGGAGAACGGGACACGACUUCGAUGUGUUUGGAUGUGGGGUUUUGAUGUGGAGUGAGGGAUUUGUGCCGAGCUGCUGGGGCUGGGUGGAUUCCCAGCAGGAAUCUGGUGAUCACAGAGGGAAUCCCGGCAGGAAUCCCGGCAGGAAUCUCCGGGAGUGGUGCCGGGAUGCAGAAUUCCUUUGGGAUUUGGGGACAGCGACCUGAGCGUGGGACAUGGGGCCCUUCCCUGCUCCCCAAAUCCACCCAGAACCAGCGCCUGAGCCCCAGAACCACGAACUGGCCUCGAUUUUCCGAUGCCUCUGGACACGGCCGCUCCUGGGAAUUCUCUUCCCGGCCGUGCCUCUUCCCGCUGCUCUUUGUCCGUGCCUCGGUGAAUUAUUCACGGUGAAACCGGAGCUGCCUUUGAAGUGCCUGGCUGCGGGAGCCUCUGGAAUACAAAUUCCAGGCGCAUCCCGGCUCCCUUCCUGCCUGCAAAUCACUUUCUUGGGAUGAAAACAGACUUGUUAUGGAAUAAUUCCUGUUGUCUCGGUGGUUUUGGGUACCUCGGAUCAAAUAAAAGAUAUUCUGGUUUUGUA